AUGUUUGUUUUAUUUUUCAUUUAUUAAUGCUGUGCACAAUUUUAAAUAUUAACUAUAAUUGAAGGGAAAAAUAUUUCAAUAUAUGAAAAUUAGGUGUAAAAUCAUAAAUUUAGUGUGUAAGAAUAGUAUCAAUGUCAUCCAUAGGACCUGUUUGAAGAGGAAUUUGAAUAGAAUAGCAGAAUAUUUUAUUUUAAAAAUUAGCAUUAAAAUGCCUUAAAUUUAAGCAUAAUACCAAUAUCACUUAAACCUCAAGAUAUGAUGCUAAUGAAUGAAAUAAAUUAAGUAGAAUAAUAAGAAAUAACAAUAGAGGGAGAUUCAAUACAAGAAUACAAAAUAAUAUAUGAAUGUUAUUAGGGUUGGUCAUAUGUGGAAUUACAUGUUCGAUAUGAAAAGACUAUAUUAAAUUUUAGAUAUAUAAAGAUUUGUGAAGAAAGCCUUUAUUAUCAUGAUUAUCCUUAUUUAAUAUUGACAGCUAUAUCUUUAACAUUAAUAUAUAUUGGAUCAAUUUAUGGAUAGAAGAGAUUCAAAUUAAAGCAAGCAUAAGCAGAACAAUAAAUUGAUGAAUUAGAAUCAAGUGAUUCAUUUUAUAAAGCAAGACAAAUUUACUCUCCAUAAUAUUCUCAACCUACAUAGAUAAUGAAAAUAGGAGAUUUACAAAUAACAUCUGAUACAGGUUAGAUAAUUUCAAAAAAAGGUAAGGAAACUAAUUUAAAGUUAAGAUUAUUUUUAUAUAUGUUUUUUGUUUUUGGAUUAUUAAUAGUGUUAAAUAUAUUGGAAUAUAUAACCUUAUUAGAGAUCCCAAUUUAUGGGAUAUAUUUUGUUUGUGUUCAAAUAACAAUGACAGAUCUCUUGAUAUAUAUUAUAUCAUCAUCUAUUUCACCCAAUAUAAAAUUACCUUUAUAUGGGAAAAUAAAAUUGAUAAACUUAUUUACUUAUUUGUUACAAUUUGUAUUUACUUUUUAUUUAAUUAUGACAGAUAAUUGGGUAUUGAGGAGUUUUAGUUCUGUUUGUUUGCUAUUUUAAUUAAUAAGAGUAUUUCAAUAUGUUAUAAAUUUAGUUUAUGAAGUUUUAUAAUCUUUAAUAAUUAAUAUCAGUUUAUUGUUUUAUUUUUGGAAUGUCAUAUUUUACAUAGAAAUAAUUUUAAAUAGAUUAUCCAAAAUUAUAUUUUCCGAACACAUUUUUGUUAGAGAAUCCAAAAUUAACAUGUUCAAGUAUAGGAUUAUUAUAAUUAAUGUUGCCAUGUUAAUUAUUAACAUAUAUAAGAUACUUUAUAAAAUAAAGUAGAUCACAUUAAAAAUUAUUUAAUUUGUGUUAUUUAAGUUAUGUAAUAGGAGUAGGUGUUAAUUUAUUAUCAGACAAUAAUGAGAUUGUAUAAACAUUAAUUGAAAAUUUGUUGCCAUCAAUAAUGAUCUUUUUGGGAAUAAAUGUGUAUGGAAUUGCGAAAAGAUAAAUGAAAUAAUUAUAUUUUGGAAUAGAGUCUGGAAUACAUAACAGAGCAAUUUAAUAAGAAUAUAGUUAUGAAUUAACAAUUGAUAAAUAUAAUAAAAAUUAGUGA